UCUCAUAUUACACACAGCGAAAAGCGCUCCAGCCAAAUACUACAGUAUGUAUGAUUGGAUUUAUUUCACAGGUAUAAGGGUUGGCCUUCUUUUUGAAAAGUUUUUCUUUACUUCUUGAAUUGGUUGUUUGUUUCACUAUCCUCUCCAUGGAUGUAUAAAACUAAGGCAAAAUAAGCAAAAAGGAUUGUAAAGUAUUUUUUAUUUUAAUUUGUACAUUUUGGAUGCAUUGCACUGACAAGACAACAUGUUGUUGUCAGCGACAUUAGAGGAACUUCUCAACAACCUUUUUUGGUCUUUGGAAACAGACAUCCAUAAACCACUGGUAGUGUUUGGAGGAUCUGGACACUGACCAGCUGUUUUACGUUUGCUUUGAAUGAAUAGAAGCGAGAGGAUGUGACAUAGAGAGACCAAAUUCUUGUGAGUUUGACUUUAAAAAUGCUAGUACAAAAUGUAAUUUUUUACACAUAAUACAUGAAAAAUAUAUUUCACUUUGUGUAUCUCUCUGCUUAUGAAGAUGGAUUUCAACUUGAGUAGCACAGUGCUCUAUGCGGUCAACAGCACUGUGACCCCCUUCCUCAACAAUACAGGACCCUAUCAUCCUGCAGCGGGACCCUGGAGUUUACUACUGCUGGUGAUCAUCAUCAUGACCAUCGUGGUGGGCAACCUGCUGGUCAUCAUCGCUAUAGCACGCACAUCCCAGCUACAGACUAUAACUAACAUCUUCAUCAUGUCCCUGGCCUGUGCUGACCUCAUCAUGGGGGUCCUGGUGGUGCCUCUGGGGGCCACCAUAGUGCUGACGGGGAACUGGCAGCUGAGUGACACCUCUUGUGAGCUCUGGACCUCCGUAGACAUGCUCUGUGUCACGGCUAGCAUUGAGACUCUUUGCGUGAUUGCAGUGGACCGCUAUAUUGCUAUUACAAGGCCCCUCAGGCACAAGGUUCUGCUCAAUAAGUGGCGUGCCCGGCUAAUAGUGUGUGUGGUUUGGAUUGUGUCUGCUCUGAUAUCCUUUGUGCCCAUCAUGAACCAGUAUUGGCGAGCAGAGGAUGACCCGAAGGCCUUGCUGUGCUAUCAGGACCCUGCCUGCUGUGACUUUUUGAUCAACCGGACCUUUGCCAUUAUAUCCUCUGUAGUGUCAUUCUACAUCCCUUUGCUCAUAAUGAUAUUUGUCUAUGCCAAAGUCUUCCUUAUAGCCACACGACAGGUACAGCUCAUAGACAAGAUCCGUCUGCGCUUCCAGAGUGAGUACCAAGUGCCGCAGACGCAACAGCUGAGCCACCACAGUAACAACAUCCUGCCCUUGGGCUAUGGAGGCUCCUGCAGCACAAGCAGCACCAGCUCAGCUCGCAAGAGGAGCUCCAGACGAAGGCCUUCACGGCUAACGGUUAUCAAGGAGCACAAGGCCCUCAAGACCUUGGGCAUUAUCAUGGGCACCUUCACCCUCUGCUGGCUGCCUUUCUUUGUGGCUAACAUAAUCAACGUGUUUGACAGGAAUGUGCCCCCUGGAGAGAUCUUCCGCCUGCUCAACUGGCUGGGCUACAUCAAUUCUGGCCUCAACCCCAUCAUCUACUGCAGGAGCCCUGAGUUCCGCACUGCUUUCAAGAACCUACUGGGCUGCCCCUGGUUUUCCACCCCACGAUUUAACAUCUUCUACAAGGAGCUGCGGACACGAUGUCCCUGCUUCCUGGGUUCGGCUGAGGCAGGGGCGGCCUCUUUCCAGAAGCCCCCUGCUGCUGCCACGCCUGAGGGUGAUGAGAGCAUGGCCAGCAGUCAGAGCAGCUAUAAGAGUUUGGAACCUUCCCCAGGACCCCCACACUCCAAUGGCAUCACACAGUUCAGUGACUUCUCAGAACCAGAACAUUUAUUUUUCACAUUACAGGAAAAGGAUGGGUGAAAGAUUUGGAAACGAAUCUCAAGAAAUUCAAAAGAACAAAAGGCCGACCCCAGCAGUGACUUUCACAACUGACUGAGCAGAGAUUGGAAUGGCUGAGAUGAUACUGCACAAAGAACAACCUAAUAAUGCAGAUGCACUGGCCCUGGUGAAUAUGAGCAAGGAAGAUUUACAAGACCCUGAGGAGGAGAACUGAACUGGGCAGUUUGGUUUGGCUGGCCUGGAUGUUUGGGAGCGGCACCAGUUUAAAGGUCCAGAUCACAAGACUUGAAGACUAACUGUGUCAACACAGCACCCUGAGGAAGACUGUUCACUGCAACCCAGCAUUAAAUCAUCAUCAUGAACUGAGGUAUCCUGUCCUUGUCUGCCACCAACACGCUCACAGCAUACUGUGUACAAUAGGAUAAACUCUUUCUUUACAACCAGGAAUGAUUGCAGAUGUGUAACAGUAAUACACCGUAGACAUUCAUGCACAAUGUGUGUGGCCUCUGGUCUAAAGUGGGCAAUCAGAAUAAAUGGUGUACAUUAUCUAAUGCAAAGUUAUUUAUUUAUUAUAUCCUCACUAUCUGUACAUGCAAAACUUGUCAACUUAACACAGGAAUAUCAUGUUAUAUGUCUUUACUCUCCAGUAAUGUCCAUAGUGUAGCAACACAUUUUCUAUUCAGUGUUCAUGUCAUUAACCUCUUCACUGCCAAAUCAACCUAAUUAACUGCACUUGAAAUAUAAGUGUUCUUAUCAAGUGAUCAGCCUAAAUAACACUGGUAAUAACCAGAUCCAUUAACAUACAGUACCAGUCAAGAGUUUG